GUCGGGUGAAGGGGCCGGGCGGGGCGGAAGAGUCUCAGUGGGUCGGCCGACGCUGAGGAGAUCGUGAGGCGGCGGGGACUGCCUUCAGUAGUGUGCAGGGGAAGGCCGUGGGACCCAUCCAUUCCGGCACCAUGAACGUGUUCGAUCGGAAGAUCAACUUCGAUGCGCUCUUGAAGUUUUCCCACAUCUCCCCGUCCACCCAGCAGCACCUGAAGAAGGUCUAUGCCAGCUUCGCCCUGUGCAUGUUUGUGGCGGCCGCCGGGGCCUACGUCCAUGUGGUCACCCGCUUUGUCCAGGCCGGCCUGCUGUCGGGGCUGGGCUCCCUGGGGCUGAUGCUGUGGCUUCUGGGAACGCCCCACAACCGGGAGACGGAGCACAAGAGACUGAGCAUCCUGGCCGCGUUCGCCUUCCUCACAGGAGUCGGCCUGGGCCCAGCGCUGGACCUGUGCAUCGCCAUCAAUCCCAGCAUCAUCCCCACAGCCUUCGUGGGCACCGCAGUGGUCUUCAGCUGCUUCUCCCUGAGCGCGCUGUACGCCCAGCGACGCAGUUACCUCUUCCUGGGAGGAAUCUUGAUGUCAGCCAUGAGCCUGAUGGUCCUCUCCUCGCUGGGCAACCUGUUCCUCGGCUCCGUGUGGCUCUUCCAGGCUAACCUGUACGUGGGGCUCGUGGUCAUGUGUGGAUUUGUCCUGUUUGAUACUCAACUCAUCAUUGAGAAAGCCGAGAACGGCGACAAGGAUUACAUCUGGCACUGCGUCGACCUCUUCCUGGAUUUCAUCACUCUCUUCAGGAAACUCAUGAUGAUCCUAGCCAUGAACGAGAAGGACAAGAAGAAGGAGAAGAAGUGAGAAGCCGGCCUGCUGGCCCCGCCCCGACCACCCACCCGCGCCCCUUCCAUUUCCUCUUUGCACACAUUACAGGUGGCUUGUUCUGUCGUAAUGAAAAAGCAUCAGAAAAGCUUUUGUACUCGUGGUUUUCUCUGUUUUCAAGGAUUUUCUUCGUUCUGGGGGUUUUUUUGGGGUUUUUUUUUUUUUUUUAAUCAGAAAACUGAUUAGCAGAAUCCCGGCUGGCGUUUGGCUUCCAGUUCCCUCGGCCUCUUCCCUUGCGGGCCAGCCCGAGCCCAGGCUCUGGCCUUGUCGGUGGCCUAAGGGCCCCGGGAGAGGAGCCACCUGAUUCCUGGCUGUGCCUCUCUCCUCCCCCGACCAGCCCCCUACCCGUGACCACGGCCGUCGUUGAGGGCAGACUCCCGGACCGGAGGAGCCGAAAGGCUUUAGCCCCUUCCACCUGGGCCCCGGGGCUUUGUGAGCACAGCCCCUUGAGCCCCCAGAGCCUCCCACUGCCCCUCACCAGAGCAGGAUGCCAGGGGCUCUGGCCGAGGCCAAAUCCUAAGCACCCGAACCCCGGCUCGGUCGGUGGCCGGCCUCACCAGCCAGCCGGAGCGGGGGCCUUGGCACUGCCCAACGCACGGUCUCUUCUCGGCCCCCUCCGACCCCGGGAUCAGAGGUCACGACAGCCCAGCCAAACUCCACCCCUCGCGUGUGCUUUUUUGCUUUUGACAGAAAGAUUUUUCUGUAGCAACAGUGCCAAGAAUGACCAGAUACCCCGAUCUCCUUUGAAAAAGAAAUGCCUAACAGGUUUUUAAUAGCCAUCGCCGUGAUUUAUCACUUUCUCUUCUAGUUCCUUGGUUUCUCAGCCCAGGCUGCUUUCUAUAACUCAUACUGUGAAGACAAAGGUGUUUUUGAUUCAGAAGUAUAUGGAAUCAACAUAGUCUUAAUUUGUAAAAAAUAAAAAGAAAAAUCCUUAACCGUU